UAGAUAAAAAACUAUACUGCAAAGAAAAACCGUACCCAUGUUUAUUCAAUUUCGAACGAAAUUUAUUUUCUUAUAUUAACGAUAGUGCUUGUUAUAUUAUUAAAAUCACGUUAUUGCGGCGUGCGGAUCUGAUAAUUACGUAUAAUAACACUUACGGUAUUAAGUUAAAAGGGUUUUGUGGAAUUGAUUUCAGAUUUUUUAUUUACUUGAUGACAUUUUGUUGCCGAAGUCAUUCUUUCGUGCAGUGCAAAUGGAUGAUACAGUAGUUUCUCCAGGUAACAAAAUGGGCGAUUCAGCAUCAGAAAGCGAUUCCAGUUCCCUCGAUGGCGUAGCAAUGCUCCCUCCCAGUAAUGUGUCUCGCGAUCAGCUGCAGAAGAGAAUUGAGUCCUUGCAACAGCAAAAUAGAGUAUUAAAAGUGGAACUUGAUACAUAUAAACUGCAUGUGAAGGCCUUGCAGGAAGAAAAUCGGGCUUUAAGACAGGCUUCAGUAUCUAUUCAAGCAAAGGCAGAACAGGAAAAGGAAUAUAUUUCUAAUACACUUUUGAAGAAAAUUCAAGCUUUGAAAAAAGAAAAAGAGACAUUGGCUCAUCAUUAUGAAAGGGAAGAAGAGUGUCUUACUAAUGAUUUGUCCAGGAAACUGAAUCAAUUGCAUCAAGAGAAAUGUCGCUUAGAACUUACAUUGGAACAAGAACAGGAAUGUCUGGUCAAUAAAUUGAUGCGUAAAAUCGAGAAAUUGGAAGCUGAAACUUUAGCUAAGCAAACUAAUUUAGAGAGACUUCGUAGGGAAAAGGUAGAGCUUGAAAACACAUUGGAACAAGAGCAGGAGGCUUUAGUUAACAGGCUUUGGAAGCGGAUGGAUAAACUGGAGGCCGAGAAGCGUUCAUUGCAAAUAAGACUGGACCAGCCUGUUUCCGAUCCCGCCAGCCCUAGGGACAUUAGUAAUGGCGACACAGCUUCUAAUCUAAGUAACCACAUUCAAACACUGCGCUCCGAAGUUGUCAAAUUAAGAAACCAAUUAGCAGUAUCGCAGAAUGAAAACAAGGAAAAAAUGCAUCGUUUUGCACUUGAAGAGAAAUAUAUACGAGACGAGAAUGUUCGUUUGCAGCGAAAACUUCAACAGGAGGUGGAGCGACGUGAGGCUUUGUGCCGACAUCUCUCUGAGAGUGAAUCUUCAUUGGAAAUGGAAGAGGAGAGACAAUUUAAUGAAGCCAUGGGCGCGCGGUCGCGCAGCGUGUCGUCGCCGGGCGGGUCGCGGCCGCUGUCGCCGUACUCGCCGCUGCUGCCCAGCGCCGGCCUGCCCAUCGCCAGGCACAAUAUACACUUCAACUCACAGGCGCGCCGCGGUACCAGCGAGCGGUUCGUGAAGCCGGCAGUGCCGGGCGCGUCGCUGCUGUGCCGCGCCGGUCUGGAGCAGCCCCCCGCGCCCCCAUUGCCCGCCGCGCCCCCCGCGCUCCCACCGCACACCCCCCGCGCCUCCACCCCCCACUCGCCCCUCGAGCAGCCCGCCAGCCCCAUGGACACCUCCUCCAAGGACUAACCACGCGAUGACAUUCUUUACUAUUUAUGCUGAAUUCAUUUGUUAUUUAAAAAAAAAAUCGCCAUUUGCUGCCAGUUGCAAAUAGGUAAUCGAUAAUAUCUGCUGAAAUUACGAUUAAAAAAAACACCUAUUGCAGCCAGUUGUAAAAAGGUAAUCGACAAAUCGACAAUAUCUGCUGAAAUUACGAUUUUUGUUAUAGUUAGGUCAUCGAUUCCAGAUGUGAUUGCUGUGACCCGAACAAUGCUUUGAGCCUAAAUUGAUUUAAGAUAUGCGAUAGGCUUCGCGAUUUUUUUGUGCAAUAGCAUUUAUUGCUUUAAAUUUGCAAUUUAUUAACUUAUUAACCUUUCCAAUUUUUGAUCUAUGCUAAAAAAACAUUUCUCGCAUUAUUUUCUAUUGUUAUUUAUUUAGUAAAAAUACCAUUAAAAUGUAUAAUUUGAGUUACAAAUGUAAAUGUACUGAAUACAGAAGUUUGUUUUAACUGCUUACCAGCGUUACGUAAGAGGCUUUAAAGCUAUCAACAUUAAUGAGCCAUCUAACAUAGACUUUGCAACUGAUUUUAAUUUUUAUUCUUAGACUUAUUAACGAUAUUAAUAAAUUGCUAGAUUGUCAAUCGAGUUCUUAUGCCAAAACUUUACAAUACCUGACUUUUAAAUAGAAUCUUGUAAUCAAACGCUUUUAAUUAUUUCUCGAUUUAACUAAAAAAUUAUGAAAAACAUUAUUAUAAUUUUAACAGAAAUGUUUUUAAAUGACUUUUUUUUUAAUAAAACUGGAAAAUAACUUAUAUUUGUACUACGAGUUAGUAUUUUUUGGUUAUGAAGGUUAAUAAUUACGUUCACGUGGAAAUUGUUUCUCUGUAAAGAAAGAUUUUUUUUGAUAAAAAUGAAAACCGACGAAAAAUGUACGUCACUAAUACUACGCGUGUAAAGUCAGCUACACAAAGGUGUAAACAUUUACGAAGGUACAAAAACUUGUAUAUGCCUUAUGUUUCAAAAAUAUUCGUGCACGUAUCCGUUUUCUUUCAACCACGAAUAAAUGAUAUUGACAAAAUAUGGAUAAGUAAUAUUUAAACCAAAGGUCUGUUCAAUGUUUUGUAAAUGUGUACAGAUUUAUGUAGCUGACUGUACAAUUGAUAUGAACAAACAUCUGAUGUUAAUUUUGUACCACAUUGGGGGAAAAUUUGACUUGAGAAUUUUCCAUCUGUUGAAAAACAAUUUACAAGAAUAAAAAAUCUUGUCAGCAUAACCAGAAAUAUUAAAUCUUCUUCUUAUUGCAUAAAAGUAUGGAAUAUCUGUAUGUACAUUAGAAAGUGAUGUAAUAAAGAAACCAACUGAAUCGCUACAGGCUAAGGUUUUUAUAUUGUUGGUUAGGUUAUGCAUGUUAAUAAUUGUAUUGAAAAUAAUAAUGACAUGUGUAUACCAUGUCUUUUAAAAGUUAAAUGAAAUUGUUGAACAAUUGUUCUUAACUUUUUUGAUUCGUUUUCGGACAAGACAUUUAACAUCGGCAUAAUAAUCCUAUUUACCGAUUUAGAGAUAAAAAAAAGAUUUGAGUAUCAUAUAGACGAGCUCAAAAAUAAAUCGAAAGUAAAUUAAGGUGAUUAAUAAUAAUUAUGGUUAUACAUUAUUAUUGUCCUCGCUGUGAACAGCUAAAGAUUUUCUAGUAUAGUAUAUAGUGAUUUGUAAUAUAACUGCGAAAUCGUUGGAUUAUGAAAUAUACGUCCUGGAUAUACGCUCACUGCCCUAGCGACUGCUGACUCCCUUUUGAGCAACGCAAAGGCUUGCAAUUCUGCUAAUUUUGAUAAAUACGCUUGUGGGGAGUUCGCAAGUCCAUUUGACAUUUAAUCGCACUGCAACCGAGUUGAAUGCAGCAUAUUACUGUUAUUUAUGUUGCCAGUAAAUUAAUAUUUACUGGUAAUGCGUUAUGUUUUAAUUCGUUAUCGUAACGCAUUUAUUUAUAUAAGAUGGAUAUUUUCUAUGUGUUACAUAAACAUUAGGUUAUUUGUCUUACACCUGAUGUGAUUGAGUACGAUAUAUAGCUUAGAUACGAUGGUAACCAUUUUGGCUUUGAUAAAAUGGCAGUGGGUUUUGGCUGUGUAUAAAAUUCACUUGUGAAUAAGGGUUGUAGGUAAAAGAUUGUAUUGGAUACUGGGCGUGUAAACUGCUACUUGUUAGUGUCGGUGUAUGAUAUAUUUUUUUUUCGUAUGUUUUGUUGUGCUCUCAAGAGCGUGUUUGUUGUGUUCGGUGGACACUCGCGGGGUAGAGCCUCAUUGCCUACUGACUCUAUUCAACUGUGCAAAUUUUCACUUAAACGUUUUAUUUUUCAAUGUUAAUAAAGAAAAUAUAUGCAUUAAUAUUA